AGAAAAGAAAGAAAGAAAAGAAAGAUUAGAAGUUUGUCAAGCAGUCAAGGGAAGAAGCAUGUUCCCAUUCAUGGGAUAGGGCAAGAUUUGGUUUUGCUAGAGUUCAGGGUAGCACAGGUGGACAAAGUGGUCACAGUGAGGCUGAUAAAGGAUGUGAAAGUUGGUGAUGAAGGACCUUGAAUACGCGAAGGAGAGUGGACUCUGACAUUGUCAGUGGGCCUUUAUGAUGUGUGGGAAAGCAAAAUGCCAUUUAGUGAGCUGACACCCAUCCUUCCUAUAAGUGUGGCUGAGCUAGAACAGAGAUCCAUGGAGAGCUCAGUCACCACAGAUGUGUUCAACCUGUCACUUACACAGGAGGAACCUGAGGCCAGAGAGCAAGUCAGGCAACAAAGAACUUGAUAAAGCAACACAGGACUAGGGAUAGAUCAUCUAAGUCCAGUGCCUUAAGCUUCCUCCACAUCAAGGCCCUCUCGUAUAAAUCCAGGCUUCUUCAUCUAAGCCCUGCCUUCUAUGUGCUGGAUUCAAACACAAGUACGAUUCUCGCAUGCUUCACUGAGAAGCUAGGUCGUUCCCACCUUCUCAACUUCAGAACCAUCAGCACUGCCUGCUGGGAGCUGGGACCUCAGUAGGAGCAAAGAUGGAGAUUUUCCAAAGAGGAAAUGAACCAACUGCCAUGCGUUGGAUAUCAGAGUGAAAAUCAAAACGUUAAACAGAUUGAAAGGACCUCUCCUUCCCUUGAACUUAGAAGCUAGGGUGUUUUACAACUGGAAAUGCAUCACAGUGGAGCAGCUCUGGGCUUUUAUUACCUUAGCUUCAACCAACACCCAGCCCUUCCUUCCCCAGGGCCUAGCAGGAAGCACAGGCACCUAAACAGGUGUGUGUGUGUGUGUGUGUGUGUGUGUGUGUUGUAUUGUCAAAUUACAGAUGCAUGGGUGCUUGGGGAACGCGCGCCCAGAGCAACAGAGCAGGGGCCUGGGUCUCCUCCCACAUUAGGGCCCGCAAACCGGGGCUGGAAGACCGAGCUUCAUUUCCAGCUUCCCCAGGCUCCGUUCCAGCAGCGCUCGGGCCUCUCCAGAACCUCUGCGUUUGCCUUCCCUCCUCCCUUAGCAACCGCAAGGCUGUGGAUACCGCCAGCGGGUGGGGGCCCCCGGAGGCUACGGGGUAGUUCGGGGGCGGUGGCGGCCCAGCUCAGGUGCCCCGCGCACCGGCGACCGCAGUGCGGAGCCACCCCGCGAGCGCGAGUGUCGCUGCGCCAGCGCGCACCGGGGGCCGCGCACCCUACCUCCGCACCUGCCGCGGGGUCCAAAAGGGAUCCUGCAAAAAUGAGCCAUUCUCAACCCGCUGGAUUACUUGCAGCAUAUAAUAGUCUUACUGAUAAACACCUGACUGGAUAUUUUAACAACACAAGGAUAAGACGGCAUCUUUUAAGAUCAGGGCUGAUCACAAGAAGUGGGAGAAUACUUUCCGAAAAAGAAUACAAACUAAAUAUCAUGAAGAGGGAUCACCAAAAAUAUAUCCGGGAGUGCCUAGCUCAGGCUAUUUUCCAUAAGGUUCUUGAUAUGGAGCGUUAUCAUCAGCUUGAAAUAAAGAAAAAACUGGAGAGCUUGGCUAGGAAGGAGCAAAUUCAGAGAUUUAAGGGAGAAUCCACAAGAUGGUUUAUAGAAAAUAACAUGCCAAUCCUAUCUCCUCACCCCCCAGUUGGCCCAAAGACUAACCGUGGCCAUAGUGUUCUGGUUGAUGAAGGACAUUCCAGUCCAAUAACACUGACAGCCCCUCGACCAUACACUGCCCCAGGAAAUAUGCAGCCUCCAAUUCGAUUAAAGCCUCUUCCCAGUAAUCCUGCAGUAGGAACCGCUCCAAAGAUAACUUCGGGGUCCAGAUUGAAAACCUCAUUGCUGGAAAAUGAAGCUCCAUUUCCCAUUGGGGGCAAGAAAGCAGUGAUGAAGUUCAAGAACUCCAUGGACAAUUCACAGGAAGUGAAUCGCUAUCAACUUCCAAACAUUAACAAUUACAUGAUGCCUAUUCCUCCUUCACCUCCUCCCCACAAAGGAAAAAUCACAAGGGAAAAUAGACUUGAAUCAUGGAGAAGGAGAAGAUUUCGUCCAACCACUGCUCCCAAUGGCUUAGAGCCUCUCUUUACCAGGGAUUCAAGAAAGGUUCACAGAACACCACUGCAUAGUAAUGCAGCUAUUACAAUGAUCUAUUUGGGGAAAAACGUGCACCUAUCUCAUGAUCACCCAGACUUCCGGGAUGAAAUAAAAGUGUAUCAACAACACUGUGGUGGGGAAAACCUUUGUGUUUACAAAGGCAAACUACUUGAAAAAGAGACCUUUCAGUUUAUUUCCAAAAGGCACCAUGGUUUCCCCUUCAGUCUCACCUUUUUCCUGAAUGGGAUGCAAGUGAACAGGUUGAGCUCCUGCUGUGAAUAUAAGCAUCGGAAAGGUUCCAGACUUGGAGGCAAACGAGGCUACUUUGGGUUUGUGUGCGUGGAGAGAUCAUCUCCUUGCUACAAGUGCAUUAUUGCAAUGGGCCUUGACAAAAAUCCAACUUCACCAAAACCUAGGAAAGAAAAGAAUAUUGAAAAAAGAGAAGAACUAAAGAAGGGUGAGGGGAAACUGAGGAAGGAUAGAGGGUACAUGAUACCAAGAAGGUAUGAGAUGGCGGGGAGCAAAACUUCCCCUUCAGUCAUUUUUUCAGCUCAAGAAAAAACAAGGAAUGGAGAAGUGAGAACAGCUGUGGAAGAAAUGGAACGUAAAGGAAAUCCAGGACAAGAUGUUUGUGAAGAUGACCAGGAAAAUAUAUUUAAAUACGAAUAUGAAGAAGAUUUUGAAGCAGAUGAGGAGAAACAAGAUGAGAAAGCUAAUGAAGAAGGACAGGCUGAUGAUCAAAUGAAUGGGAUGUCAAAGUCACCCUCAGAUGAUGAAAAAGAUCAUUUAGACCCUGCAAAGGAGAGUGAAACCUCGUGGCAGAAGGCGGCAGAUGCUGAUGACAAUGUGAAAGAUGAAGGUGACGGAUGCUCUGACAGUGAGCUGGAGGAGGAGAAACAAGAUAUAAAACCUGCUUCAUCGUCCUCAUCCAGAAGUCACCCAUGCUCUAGUUGCAGUGAAGAUGAAUCCACACUGGGGGAUAGGGAAGCCCACACUGAGAACAGUCCAAACAAAAGUUCCAGAAGUUCAUCUUUUCAGGAGUCGAGUGAAAAUGAUGAGGCAGGAAAAUCCUGCCUUCCAAUUGAGGAUUCCCAAGAAGUUGAAAUUGAAGACCAAGAAAUAAUGACAGCAGAUGUAGAAACCAAGCCUUUGCCAAUAGAGGAAUGCUUGGAGAAUGUUCUUGAAGAAGAAAUGGAGAAAGGAACCCAAGUGAUUGCAGAGGGCAUAUCUGAGAAGUCCAGGGAACAUGUUUCCAAGGAAGAAAAAGAAAAGGAUAAAAGUAAGCUUUGGGAAGGAAGCACUGCUAAGGUGAAGGACAAAAAGGCAGGUCCCUAUAGGGUGGAGAAAGGUGUUGGGCAGAUUGUAGCAGAAGCUGUGGAACCUGGCUGCCACUGUCACUCUGACACUGAGCCUGGUGUUAGCAGCACAGACGAGGAGGAGAAGCACUGGAGGAAGCCAGAGAUUGACACAGGUGCAGCACUGAAUAGGAAUUUUGUGUUGGAGGAAAGGGUACCACUCAACUCAAACAAGGAAUCCAAUCAAGUUGCAUCGGAAGUGGACACACUGGAGAAGAAAGAGGCAGUGGAGGAAGCUGAACUUGCCCAGCACAGGGAUGUGGACACAAUAGAAGGGAAAGGGGAUGCAGCACGGUGGGGAACAGCUGGGGUUAAUGAGGUUCCCUUGGGGGAGUGGAAGCCAACAGCAGAGCAGCCAGCCUUAGUAGAAGAGUUUACAGAGGAAAGAGGGAUCCCUCGGGGCGUAACUCGUGGGGCUGAGGCAGAAGCAGAAGGGGAUAAGAGGCUGGGUAAAGAGGAGGUAGGCCCCAGGGGGAAAGAAGCAGCCGGAGCCUCUGGAGGUCUGCAUGAAGGUCAGGAUGAGGCUCCUGAAGGGGGGGCCUUGCUGCCUACAGUGCUAGAGACAGAGAAGGUGGCUGCUGAGGAGGAGCAGGGCUCGGAGAAGACAGUGUUUGCAAGCCAGGCAGCGGCUGUGAACUUAGAGUGUGUGCAGGAGGCAGCAGCCCCGAGGGAGGCAGUGACAACGGAAAUGAGAGAGGCUGAGAGAGGGGAGGCCGUGAGUGAGGCAGGGCCUGAAAAGCCUGAUGUGAUGAACAGUGAAGAGGAAGCAUCUACGGAGGUAGAGGACCUGGGAGCCAUGGAAGAUGCUGCAUCUGAGAGAGAGGAUGGUUCAGAAGAGGCAGUGCUUGGGGGAGAAGAACCAGCCAAAGAAAGGAAGGUAGUUAUGGGAAGGCAGACACCCUUGAGCUCCUCAACUUCCGAGAAGGCUGAGGCUCCCCGGAUGGGAGUUGUGGAGGACAGCCUGGAAGAGCUUUGUCAGGAAGAUGCUGAAAGGGAGGAGGUUGAGACUGAGCCAGAAUCUAAUAAAGAAGAUGACAGGAAAGAAAUGUUACCCAAGGAAUUAGGUGUAGCAAGAGAGAAGAGGAAAAUUGAGAGGCCAGAGGAACCUCUGGAGGAAACUGAAUCUGAGAGCGGAGAGGUGAGGAGGGCAAAUGCACAUCAGGGUGAAGACAUUUUAGAAGAAGAGCAAAACUUUAAAGGGGAAGAGCAGGGAACCGCGAAGGAAGUGACACCUGAGGAAGAGACACAAGUCCCCCCAGUUGAAAUGGAGUGUGAUGCUGAGGGUGAGGCACCCAUGGGGGCAUCUGAAUCACUUGGAGACACAGGGCCGCAAGGAGGAGAUUCACUGAGAGAGACAGAGGUGACCAUGUUUGAAGCGGCACCCGCAGAUGAAAAGUCACUGGAAGACACAACAGCUCUGAGGAGAGAGGAAGGAGGGGAAAGACUGAGGGAAGCCCAGGACCCAGAGCCCAAAGACAGAGCAGAGCUGCUCCCCCAGGAGGACGGGGCUCCCUCAGGGCAGCACCAGGGGCCAGGCCCUGAAGGGGAGGGGGUGUUAGGAGCUCCUGAAACUGAGCUAGCGGGAAAGGGGCAGGUGCCCCAUGUGAUGACCACAGCUACAGGUGAGGCCCAGGAGUGUGCAGCCAAAGAUCAAGAUAGCCUGGCAGGAUUGGAAGGCGGGGAUAAGGAAGGGCCCGUGCAGGGGCAGCAAGGAGCCGGGGUCACAGUGAUGACCCAAGGUGUUUCUGAGGAAGACUGCAUGAAGGCAGAAAAGCUGAGUGAAGAAGCUAUGGGUGGGGACCCAGAAGAGGAGGCUAAUGAAGAGUGCCCCCUGGGGACAGGAGUGAUGGCCAAUGGGGACACAGACGGGGCUGGGAGUUUGCAAGGGGGAGUGGCAGUCGCUGAUGAAGAUCUCCACCCAAGGGAAGCGGCAGGAACGGCCACCGAGGAGAAGAGGGAGGUGUUGGCAGAUGUGAAGACGGCUGAGGGGAAAACAGAGGCAAAUAAAGCCUCCUCCUUGUCAGAUGUUGCUGGCAAGGGGCCUCGGCACGAAGUGGAUGACUUACCGGGGAAAAUGGCAGCUGCAGAGAAGGUGGAAGUGGUAGAGGAAACAGCACUGGGCAGGGGGGAGGUGGCGGCCGUGGAGAUGGUGACAGGGACCUGGGUGGGGGCUCCACGAGACCCUUCGGAUCCCGGAGGGAAGGCCCCACAGCUAGGGCAGGAUCCAGAGGGCAGGGGACUUGAUCCCACGCAGGGAGUGGAGUCGGUGGGCACGGAGGCAGGCCUGGAGGGCUGUGCCAGGGAGCAGGAGUUGGGUGCAGCUAAGGAAUUCAGCCUGAGAAUGUCCCCAGGGAGGGAGUCAGAGCCUGGGAGAGAGAGUCUACAGGGGGUGGAAACACUCCCUGCAAAGCCUGAUUGCCCUGAAACCCAAGAGAAGCAAGCAGUUUACAGUGCAGAGAGAGAAAGAGAAAGUGAGAACGCAGAUGUCUCCCUGAGCAACAUGAAGGCCUAAGAGACUUUGUGGCAGAAGGAUAUUUCAAAGAUGUCUUCCAGAAGACUGAAAGAGUGGGGAAAGAUGCACCCAAUCGUCUCACUAGAACUUUAGAUUUUAUCUUAAAAAAAAAAAAAAUCAUUGUGCGUGUCUGAGCUGGUUCCCAAUCUGGCAGUGCUGGUCAGUAGCAUGGUGAACACCUUGAGAAUAGCUGAGUAGAUCUGUAGGACCCUCUCUAGGGGCACUGGUUCCUAAUGGAGGGCGGUGAGGCUGUUACGUAUUCUACAUGGCUAACGUGUCUCUGUUCCAACCAAACUGAUGGUUCUCACGUGUUUGACUUUUACCAAAGAGCACCUGAAAGGCUCAGUCCUCACAUCUGUUUAAAUUCCUUUUUAUUUCUAAUCAAAUAUUAGUCCCAGUUUCAAACAUCAGAGUUUUAUUUCAAGUCCAUGGCUUGGGGCGUUAAUGACUUGAUUUGUGAGAAUGAGCUCUAAAGGUCCUUCCUUGAACCUCAGUACUAGGAUUGCUCUAACCCUGUAAAUCCUCCCAGGAAGGGAUUCUAUGGCAUGUAUAUUCACUUACAUUUAGGAAUAGUCAUUCAUCCUAUUUAUACCAGAAGGGUAAAGUGGCAAUCUUAUUUCAAAAUGCCCUUUGUUUUUGUGUGUGUGGGUUUCUGUACUUCUGCUUUCUGAGGUAGACAUAAAUGCUUGUGGCAUUUUGUCCCUGGGGGCCUUAUUUAUAGGUCCAUUCAAAUUUAAAUCAAAGUAAUAAAUAAUUUAGCUGACUGAAAUGAGUAGCAAUAAUUAUAGCAGGUAAACAGUGCACAUGAGCACAUACACCAACAUUCUAAACUCUAGAUUCUUUGGUUGAUGUCAUUUGAUGGAAAAGAAACUUGGAUUAAAUUAAUGUGCUGCUCACCUUCCCAAGUUCUGUUAUUUCAAACCUGUGAACUAACCUUGCAGGGCAUUGUAAAUCAACAGUCAGAAUCACUUUCUAAAUUACCCCUUGAUAUUACUAGAAGUAGUUGUGCAUCAGCGUGCCUACUGGAGAUUUCGAUUUCCUUGAAGACAUCUUUGUUCAUAUAGCAGUACCCUAAAGGGUACAUAUGUUUGGCCAUCUUUUCUCACAUGAGGAGGUGAAACAAAAUUUCCUAAAGCUGUGAUUCUCCAGCUGGAGUACACAUUAGACUUGCGUGGAGUACUUUCAUGAAUGAUUCAACCCCUGGCCCCCUUCCCCAGAGAUUUGGAUUUAAUUAGUUUUAGAUGGGUGUCGAUGUCAGCUGUUUUGUUUUUUGGGUUUUUUUGUUUGUUUUUGAAAUUCAGUUGAUUCUACUGUGGAGCUAAAAUUGAGAAGAGCUGCUGUUAAUCAUCAUAUAAUCUAUGCUGGCUGCCCUACACUCUGUGUCCCUAGGGGCCAGGCAUAUUAUCUUUUUAGGUAUGUUUCAUUUCAAUAAAGGAGCUGUUGAAUGAUCAAAGCUAUAAUGGACCGUGGUUCUCAAAAUGUGGUCCCUUGAUCAGGAUAUCAGCAUCACCUGGUACUGUUCCAAAUACUAAUUCCCGCCCUCAUCUCACACCUAUUAAAUUGGAAACUCUGUGGCUGGGGCUUCGCAGUGGUGUUUUAACAAGCCCUCCAGGUAAUUCUGAUGUACUCUAAAGUCUGGAAACUGCUGUUGUGGACUAUGGAUUGUACCGAGGAUUAGUCUCAGUUGGAAAAUGGAUUGCAGAAGCAUUGUGAACUUUCUCUCUUUGUCUCUCUCUUUCUUUUUCUAUUUCUCUUUCUCUAGGAAAGGGCACUCACUAUAAAAGUGAUGGAUUCAUAUUAAGCUCAAUUUUAUUAUGGCUGCAAUGAUGUGUUUAUGAGGUCUUUCAGCCCCAUCCCCCAUUGAGGCUUGAACAUCAGCCAUAGCAUACCAUAGAUCUCCAUCGUCUGUCUUAAGUUUUAUGAGUGGGUUUCAUCUACAUUAUAUCCAAUUCCAUUUAUUACUGAGCUGCAUUACUGUGGAGCUCUACAGUAUUUUUUCCUGAUCUCAACCUGAAUGCCACAGAGCACUGUGAAUACAUAGCACCUUAUGGGAAAGAUUGUAAACUUGUUAAUUCCAUUGAAGAAUGAGUUUUGUACAAUGUGCUAAAUGGAAAUUGCAUUGAAUUAUUUUUAUAUUUAACACAUUCCGUCAAAACAUUCUGCAACAUAAUUCUACAAUCUGCAUGUGGGUUUAAGUGUGAAAUUCAGUGUUGUGAUAUUUUGAUUAAAUGAAUUAAUUCUUUCUCUGCAAAUACUAUGUUGAUAAAACUGUAUGUGAAACUGAACUGAUUUUUCCCCUAGUUUCAUCAUUAAAAGCAUAAACAAACUAUAUGUUUACAGAUAAGACAUGUGAAUGAUUCUUUAUCAAUAAGAUUAGACUUUGAACAUCUUCUUUGUCCUUUCAUUACAAAGUUUAGACUCCAUAAAGCAGAGAAAAUUAGUUUAUUGAGCUGUUUAUAUUGACUGUCUAUAUUCAAACAUGUCUUUCAUAUACAUGAGAUAAUAUUAGGAAAAUUAUCACCAUUUCAUAAAUAAGUAAAUAAAAGCUCAAAAUCA